AGUCUUCGCUGCGGUAAUGACUGGCCGCACGCAUAUAAGAGCUGCCCCCAACCUCUUCUGAACGCUCCACUCCAUUCAAGCAUGAAACUCAUCCCUCGACUCACCGUGCUAGCCGCCCUCCUCGUUGGCAUCAACGCCCAAACUGCUCAAAUCGGCGCUCCUCCACCGGGCACCCAUGUCCGCCCAGGCUCGUCUCUCGUCGUUGAGGUGGAUCGUCCUGAUUCUCUCACCGGCUCCAUAGAAGUGGCAGUUGUCAUUGGCUGCGUGUCGUGUGCUGGACGACCCAGCUGCCCAGCUCCCUCCGACAUCACGGGCUCCAUACUCUACAACGGACCAUUCAACCCCCAAUUCCAGCAGGGGACUUUGGGCAAGCCGCCACAUCAGAACUUCACAGUCACGAUCCCCCAAAAUAUCCAGAAAGGACCCGCGCAAUUGAACUUGGUGCAUGCAACGCUGAUUGGGGCUGGUCUAUUCCCUUUCCUUGAGACCAGAAACAUCUCCUUGGUGGUUGUUUGA